AUGAAUGCGUUGUUCAAUCAUGCGACGAAGCAAAAGACUUUACUGCAGCGGGAUCUUGCAAAACUGGAGCGGGAUCUUACAAUAGCUCCAAUUUCCCUGCAAGGAUCAAUAGCAUCCACGCUGGUGUCUUUGGAGAAAACUAUUGAACAAUACAAAGAACAUUUGACGAGAUUUCAUGCGACCAAUCCAAAUGAAGAUGAGAGCUCAAAGCUUAAAUACCAGUCGCGGUUGGAAACCUUGCAAACCGAAUACAACAGUGCCAAGGGACGCUUUCAGUCACUCAAGAAGCAGUGCAAUGAGGUCAACUCUCGCGAAAGACUUAUAAAAUCCAGCAGUAAUCCGUUUGACGAAGAUUUCACGGUAAGUAAGCGCAGCACUGCCACGGCUGCUCAAAACCAAAGCAAUGGAGGCAAUUCCAGCUCACAGCUGCCUCUUUAUCAAGGACUGCAACAGGAACAGUCCGUCUUCGAGCGUGGAAACGCCCAACUGGAUCACAUUUUAGAGAUGGGGCAACAAUCCCUUGGUGACAUAAUGGAUCAAAAUGCUGUUUUGCACAAAAUGGAAGCUCAGAUGACCAAAAGCAUGCAAACUCUGGGUGUUUCCAAUGAAACCAUCAACAGAAUCAACAAACGAGUCUUUAAGGAUAAAUUCAUUUUCUGGAUCGCUUUGGUAUUGAUGUUUGCCGGGUUUUACUUUGUUCUUAAGUUGCUGCGGUAG